CAUUUGUACUAUUUUGAAUUUGGUGGCAUCUCUAGAUUGAUUGAUUUCUUGCCACCCAUUUUGAUGUAGAUAGAGGCUGCUAGUGGUAGUGGUAAACUGUAACCCUACCUCAGUAUACCAAAUAGGCAAAUAUUUCUAUAAAUAGCAUCAAGGAAGAGAGUGAAGAAUACCAUUAGAGAGAGAGAGAGCCAGAGAUGGAGAGAGAAGUAAAACACAUGGUGUUGGCAAAGUUCAAAGAAGGCGUAUCUAAGGAAGAGAUUGAAGAAUGCAUAAAACAGUUUGCCAACCUUGUCGAUCUUGUUCCUUCAAUGAAGGCUUUCAAAUGGGCUAAAGAACUGAGCAUUGUGAAUUUUCAUCAAGGUUUCACACAUGUCUUUGAAGCAAUAUUCGAGAGUGCAGAAGAUGUUGGAGACUAUCUUGCUAAUCAAAAUCAUAUCGACUACGGAAACUUUUUGAUGCCUCGACUAGACAAGUUCAUUAUAAUCGAUUUCGAGCCCACAAAUGUCCAACCCUAAAUUAGCAAGGGUGUGACUAAUACUACAUAUAUAUUUAUCUAAGUUUCCAUUUAUGUUGAUUAAAUGAGAGUUGUCAUUUUGUUGACAAUGUGUUCUCUAGUUGCACCUCUAUUUCAAGAUUGUGGUCCUUUUGCUGCAAGUUGUGGAAUUUUUUCUUGUAAAAGUUAUAUUGUCGAGAGUUGAUGUUAGUAUCAUACCUCAAAUUUCCAUUUAUGUUUUUCAAAUAAGAGUUGUUAUUUUGUGGACAA